CUUCCUGGAGGCGGACUGGACCGCGGGGAGACCCUUGGAGACAGCGCUGGAGAGAGGCGCGAGCGGGCUCCAUGAUGGCGGCGGCAGCGGCGGUGGUGGCUGGGAAGCAGCCGCGACAGCUUCGGGGCCCCGCGUGGCGGCUGCCGCUCUCGGUAGCGGCGGGACUUCCGCGUUGCAGCUAAAGGGCAGCGCCCGGCCCCUGCGCUGAUGGGGAGCGGGAGCAGCGCUUGCGGAAGAGGGCGGCGGAGGCGGCAACCACCACCACCAGCAGCCCAGCGAAGGCGUUCUUGACCCAGUAGCAGCUUUUUUCUUUUCGGGAGCAAGGAAGGAAAACCUUUUCCUCGGGGGUCGGGGCUGGAACCCACCGUCACGCCGGCCCGGUUGGGGGGAUGUUGCGGUGGAUCCGACAGCAGCUGGGUUUUGACCCACCACAUCAAAGUGAUACUCGAACUAUAUAUAUAGCAAAUCGUUUUCCUCAGCAUGGCCAUUAUGUUCCUCAGAAGUUUGCAGAAAACCGAAUCAUCUCCUCUAAGUAUACUGUGUGGAAUUUUGUUCCUAAGAAUUUAUUUGAACAAUUCAGAAGAGUAGCCAACUUUUAUUUUCUUAUUAUAUUUUUGGUUCAGCUUAUGAUAGAUACGCCUACAAGUCCAAUUACCAGUGGAUUGCCAUUGUUUUUUGUAAUAACUGUGACCGCCAUAAAGCAGGGUUAUGAAGACUGGUUACGACAUAAAGCAGACAAUGAAGUAAAUGGAGCUCCAGUGUAUGUUGUGCGCAGUGGCGGCCUUGUAAAAACUAAAUCAAAGAAUAUUCUGGUGGGGGAUAUUGUCAGAGUAGCCAAAGAUGAAACUUUCCCCGUUGAUCUUGUACUUCUGUCCUCCGAUAGAGCAAAUGGCUCUUGUUAUGUUACUACUGCAACCUUGGAUGGAGAGACGAAUCUUAAGACACACGUUGCGGUCCCAGAAACGGCCGUAUUGCAGUCAGUUGGCAACUUGGACAAACUUGUAGCUGUUAUAGAAUGUCAGCAGCCAGAAGCAGAUCUGUACAGAUUUGUUGGAAGAAUAACUAUAACUCAACAAAUUGAGGAAAUAGUACGACCUCUAGGCCCCGAAAGUCUCUUACUUCGAGGAGCAAGAUUGAAAAACACAAAAGAAAUUUUUGGUGUUGCAGUGUAUACAGGAAUGGAGACAAAGAUGGCAUUAAAUUACAAGAGCAAAUCACAGAAACGAUCAGCAGUAGAAAAAUCUAUGAAUACUUUCUUGAUUAUCUAUCUAAUAAUCCUCCUUUCUGAAGCCAUCUUAAGUACAAUAUUGAAAUAUGCCUGGCAGUCAGAAGAAAAGUGGGAUGAACCUUGGUAUAAUCAGAAAACUGAACAUGAAAGAAACAGCAGUAAGAUUCUGAGAUUUAUCUCUGAUUUCCUUGCUUUUCUGGUACUUUACAACUUCAUCAUACCCAUUUCACUGUAUGUCACGGUUGAGAUGCAGAAAUUUCUUGGGUCUUUCUUUAUUGGUUGGGAUCUUGACCUCUAUCAUGAAGAAACAAAUGAGAAAGCCCAAGUAAAUACUUCAGACCUCAACGAAGAACUGGGACAGGUGGAGUAUGUGUUUACAGAUAAAACGGGUACCUUAACUGAAAAUGAGAUGCAGUUUCGGGAAUGUUCCAUUAAUGGUAUCAAGUACCAAGAGAUUAAUGGCAAGCUGGUUCCAGAAGGACUGAUUGAGGAUGUUCCAGAUGGAUUUAGGCCUCAUCUUACAAGAGAGGAGGAGCUCUUCCUGAAAGCUGUUUGUCUCUGUCAUACAGUGCAGAUUAAUAAUGACCAAGUGGAUGGCGCUGGUGACAGCCCUUGGCGUGCCAAUGGCAUUCCAUCUCAGCUGGAGUACUAUGCCUCCUCCCCAGAUGAAAAAGCUUUAGUGGAAGCUGCCCGCAGAGUUGGUGUUAUAUUUACUGGAGCAAGUACCGAAAGCAUGGAGCUUAAAAGUCUUGGGAAGCCAGAAAGGUACAAAUUGCUACAUGUUUUGGAGUUUGAUCCAAAUCGCAGAAGAAUGAGUGUCAUCGUAGAAAGUCCAUCAGGUGACAAACUCCUGUUUACCAAAGGAGCAGAAUCUGCUAUUCUUCCUGGCAGUAAAUGUGGAGAAAUUGAAAAAACAAGAAUUCAUGUGGAUGAAUUUGCUUUGAAAGGGUUAAGAACUUUGUGUGUCGCCUACAGAAGAUUCACGGCUGCAGAGUAUCAGGAAGUGGAAAAACGUCUCUUUGAAGCAAAAACUGCUUUACAGCAGCGAGAAGAGCGGGUGGCUGAGGCAUUCAACUUUAUAGAGAAAGACCUGGAAAUACUUGGAGCUUCAGGAGUAGAAGACAAACUACAAGACAAAGUCCAAGAAACCAUAGAAGCCCUCAGGCUGGCGGGGAUUAAAGUUUGGGUGCUCACUGGGGACAAGCACGAGACGGCUGUUAGCGUCAGCUUAUCAUGCGGACACUUCCACAGGACCAUGAAUAUCCUGGAACUGGUGCAACACAAAUCGGAUAGUACAUGUGCAGAGCAGCUGAGGCAGCUAGCCAGGAGAAUAAAGGAUGACCACGUAAUCCAGCACGGGCUUGUGGUGGAUGGGACCAGUCUCUCUCUUGCGCUCAGGCAACAUGAGAAACUCUUCAUGGAAGUCUGUAGAAAUUGCUCGGCAGUCCUGUGUUGUCGGAUGGCUCCUUUACAGAAAGCAAAGGUUGUCCGACUGUUAAAAACCUCUCCAGAGAAGCCUAUCACGCUGGCGAUUGGUGAUGGAGCUAAUGAUGUGAGCAUGAUACAAGAAGCCCAUGUUGGCAUAGGUAUCAUGGGCAAAGAAGGAAGACAAGCUGUAAGAAAUAGUGACUAUGCAAUAGCAAGAUUUAAAUUCCUUUCCAAAUUGCUUUUUGUCCAUGGCCACCUUUACUAUAUUAGGAUAGCAACCCUUGUACAGUACUUUUUUUACAAGAAUGUAUGCUUUAUUACACCACAGUUUUUAUAUCAGUUCUUUUGUUUGUUUUCACAACAAACUCUGUAUGACAGUGUAUACCUGACUUUGUACAACAUUUGUUUCACUUCCCUGCCAGUCCUCAUGUACAGUCUUUUUGAACAGCACGUGCACCCUCAUGUAUUACACAGCAAGCCAACACUCUAUCGAGACAUCAGUAAAAAUGCCCUCUUGGGCUUUAAACCUUUUCUUUAUUGGACCUUCUUGGGAUUCAUUCAUGCAUUUGUGUUUUUCUUUGGCUCAUACCUUCUAAUGGGAGAAGAUACCUCUUUGCUAGGAAAUGGCCAGAUGUUUGGAAACUGGACAUUUGGUACUUUGGUCUUCACGGUUAUGGUUAUAACUGUUACAAUGAAGAUGGCUUUAGAAACUCAUUUCUGGACGUGGAUAAACCAUUUUGUUACCUGGGGGUCCAUUGUCUUUUACUUCAUAUUCUCCUUGUUCUAUGGGGGAAUUGUCUGGCCGUUUUUGCACACCCAAGACAUGUACUUCGUAUUUGUUCAGUUGCUGUCCAGUGGCUCUGCUUGGUUUGCCAUAAUCAUCAUAGUUGUCACUUGUUUGUUCUUCGAUGUUGUGAAAAAAGUAAUUUACAGACACCUGCAGCCCACAAGUACAGAAAAAGCUCAGAUGUACUCCAGCAGAGUUGCUUUAAGUGACGAAUGCAUCGCACUGCAGCCAUUGUCCAGGGCAACGAGUCAGCUGAGCAAAAUUAGCUUACUGAGACAAGCACAGGUAUCAACUGCUUGGACUCCAUGUGUUGCUUCUCAGAUGGGGAAACAGCAUGCACACCUCUUAGAAGAAUGUUGGAACGAAUAAUGGGACGAUGCAGCCCAACCCGGGUCAACAGUGUUUGUAAGGGUACAGAAGAAGCAUGCAUUUAAACAUAUUCAGGAGGAGGAUAAGAAUCCACCUGUCCAAGCCAGGUAUAAUUUUCUAUCUGAGGAGGGGGAAAAAACCUAAUGAAGAUUUACAUUUGUGCACGUAUGAUAAACAGAACCUGGGUCAAAUGGAAGCAGAGCAAAUAUAUUUUGUAUUGGACCAGAAAUGCUUUUAUAUCUUUAUUUUUGGGAGGGAAGUGUUUGUGUAUUAACUUGCUAUGUUUAGUUUUAGGUUCAGACAUAGGCAGAAGUAUAUGCAGAGCAAAGGGAAUCCGAGUGUUUGAACUCAGUGUGAAAUGUAGGGAUGCUGCUAACACAUUGAGGCAAAUAGCAGUAACUGCUGAGCGAUGUUGCCUGUAACAGGGAUUCCCAGAUGGUGUUGACUACAGCUCCCAUAAUCCCCCACCAAAGGUCAUUUCAAGUGGGAAUGAUGAGAGUUGUCAACAUCUGGAAAUCCCAGUUACCAGGAACACUGUAAGCCAAGGAAAGAAGGGCGAUUUUUUAAAAACUGCAUUAUUUUUUUCCAUGUAUGGGAUGUGUUUCAUAAGUCGCUACAGUGGCUGACGCACACAAACAGCACCUUGCAUCAAAUUAGCAUUGUGCAUCGCUGGUUGCCUGAUGGAAUCAGAACUGUACCAUCCUGUAUCCUGUCUUCUUACAGUUCCCCAGUCAAAAGUUUGUGCUAGAUUCCAAAACACUGAGAUCCUGAGGUGCCCAUGAUGCUAUAUCUGAGCUGUGCUCUCUGUAUCCAUCCAUGUCUAUGUAGAGGGCUUCCGUGCAGGAGGAAUUCCUGGAGGGAAUUCUUGAAAUCAGUAGAGAACUGUGUGUAUGUUUCAGGACAGAACCCUCAUUUGCUCAUCAGGAUUGCUAGAUUGAUCAAUGCUGGUGUUGGGAUAUCCCAGCAACUCAGGAAGUCAUCUCCUCUGACAUCGUCUGAGAAAUAGCCUAUGUGUUUCUGUCAUAGUGACCCAAACUGGGUUGUCUCCUGGGCAGCUGUAUAUGUUGGUUCCAGCUGCCAAAGUCUCUUGAUUUAAGUGCAAAUUAAAAUUUAGCAAUCUGCACAUACUCAGGUUUUGUGACAACCCCAUUCUUAGGUCCACUUCAGACACUGGCCAAAACCAUGAUUUAAUCCUGGCUUGUCACAAACUCUGCGUAGAACAAUCUGGGAUUUGAGAUAUUUUGUUGAGUUCAGACAUCAUGAGAUAUCCUGGCUUGUUCUAAACCGCUAAUAGAAAUGGAAUACUUCCUGUCCUCUCACGUAAGACAGAGGCUGACAGAAAUCACAUUGAGCCAUGGGUUUGUCUGAAGCAGGCCUGACUGUAGGGUGGCUGCUCUAAAUUGCACACAUUACUUCUGGAGUGUGCUCCACCCUACCCCCUUUUGGGGAGGAUGGGAGCUGGUGCUGUGUGAGCCUUUCUGACUGUUUCUUUGGCAGCUUACAGUAGAUUUCUCUUUGCAAUUCUAACCAACUUGGAGAGUUUCUUUCUGCUCCUUUAAAGUUUUGUGCUCAACAUGAGUCAGCAACGGUAAUGCAAAGCCCAUAAGGGUAUGCCUGGACAGAAGUGACCCCUUUUUCUCCGCAAAUAGCAGGCUUUGCUAGUCAAGCUUUACAGGGUAUAGUGCGGAGGAACCUGAAGGACCAUGGAAAUUCAACUUAAAAUCCCCAAAGAAGAUCCCAUUGUUUCAGUGAAACAUUGAACUGGUUUAGAUUUUACAGUUUGGUCCAUGAAAAGGAGCCUAACCAUGCUUAAAAUCACUUACUGUACUUAACUGAAUCCAAAACUGAGUUUUUUCCAAGUUCUUUGAUGAUAGAAAUCAGAGGGUCAUUUUAAAUUCAGAGUCCUCUGCCUUUUGGUUAAAUACAGGUAUAACCUCUCUUUAACCUCUGUUUUUAAGGGGGUUGUCCUAAAUUCAGGGUCCUCUUCCAUUCAGGUAAAUUUGGUAUUCAUCAAAACCUCCUUUUGUAUAAAGAGACAGUGGUAGCUUAAACGUCUGGUAGACACUGGGUUGUCAAUAGGCACAGUUACACAGAGCACAACAAUGGGGCAGCCCCCUUUUUCGUGCAGAUUUCAGAUUCCCUUGUGCACAUUGAGUCCCAGCCUUUGGCAGCAAAUCUGCUGACGGAGCAGAAACGUCACAGCUGCAAUCUGGAGGCUGCCAAAAACAGUCCAUCCCCCGCCCCGCCCGCUAAGUAAUCCCAGCUUGGUCCAUGCAAGCAGAGGCCUUAAUUAUAGUGUGAUUCACCAUCACUUUUGUGAGUUUGUGUCAUCCCUUCAUGUUCUUCGUGACUUCUGGAGCAGCUGUGGAUAUUUGUAGAGAUCCUUACAAUUAAGUCUUUCUGAUAAACCGAUAAACAGGUGGGGAAAAUCUCCCACCUGAAGGAAGCCAUUUUCAGCAUCCUCCGUGUACCUAGCUGCCACAUUAAUUAAUUAUUAUUAUUAUUAAUUAGAUUUCUAUACCGCCCUUCCAAAAAUGGCUCAAGGCAGUUUACACAGAGAAAUAAUACAUAAAUCAGAUGGAUCCCUGUCCCCAAAGGGCUCACAAUCUAAAAACAAACAUCAGAUAGACACCAGCAACAGUCACUGGAGGUACUGUGCUGGAGGUGGAUAGGGCCAGUUACUCUCCCCCUGCUAAAUAAAGAGAAUCGCCACAUUAAAAGGUGCCUCUUUGCCGAGUUAGCAGGGUUGCUUCACAUGUGCUUCAUCCCUUGCUCACAAACCUUCAAGACGGCUAUGUUCUGCAAUCAUGCCUGCAUCAAAAUAGCACUUGUCAUGGAGGCAAUAUGUAGGAGUGGGGUUCUCACAAUAAGGCAGUGUUCUUCAUUGUAAGGCCUGAAAGCCUUCAAGUGUGCUUUCUGACAAACUGUUUAUUGUGCCUGUGUGAAGCGUCAGAUGAAGCCGAAUAUUCCUCACAGCUCCUCUGGCACCAUGCAGAGGCAGCUCUUCCCACUGUGCAGUGCUACAACUUUCCCAGUGCCAAUGGGCUCCUUUAAGGGAAAUGGAGCCCUUGUCCCCUCUGCUAAGCAGAGUCCACUCUGGUUUGCAUUUGAAUGGGAGACAUGUGUGAGCACUGUAAGAUAUUCCCCUCAGGGGGCGAGGCUGCUCUGGGAAGAGCAUCUGCAUAGUUCCAAGCAUGUGUUCCCUCUAACAGGAAUUCCCAGAUAUUGUUGACUACAGCUCCCAGCAUCCCCAGCUGCAGUGGCCUUUGGCUGGGGAUUUUGGGAGUUGUAGUCAACAACAUCUGGGAGUUCCUGUUAGAGGGAACACUGGUACCAAGUUCCCUCCCUGUCAUCUCUAACUAAGAUAGGGCUGAGAGAGACUCCUGUCUGAAGACUUGGAGAAGCUGAUGUCAGUGUGUAGAAAAUACUGAGCUAGAUGGCCCAAUGAUACCAAUACCAAUGGUAUCAGGCAGCUUCCUAUGUCCGUAAGGUGUGCACCAGGCACUGGGAAGUGUCGUCCUUCCCAGCAUGGUCUCCAUAGAGCUCUAUGGGGAAAGUGUUGAGAAGGCCAACACUUUCCAGUGCUCCAUACACAUCUUCCAGUAUGGUGCUGGGGCUCAACAGGGCUCUGUUUCUCUUAAAGCUCCCUCUCACAGUGCUGUGGAAAGCAUAGUGCUGCAUAGAACUCAUUGUGAUGGGAAAUAAGGGUUGUUUCCAAAGUGGGCCCAGCUUGAACAGUAGUGAAGAUCACUGCAAAAAAAAGGGGGGGUGGGAUUAAAAUGCCUUCCUGUCUCCCCUGUUGCCAAUAUAUUUGGAUUAGGAAAUAUGAGGGAAUAUGUUCCAAUUAGGAUAACACAGAUAGGUGGGUGUCACACCAUUUGUGCUGAUUAGCAAUGUUGACUCCCUAGUUUUGCUGCACCAAGUCCCCCUUUUGGGGAAAUGUAAAACCCAGCAUGUUGCUAGUGACCUUACUCUCCCCUUGGACCUGCGCUCUCUGCUCUGAACUGCUGGAAGAAAAGGGCGAAUGAUCGGUUAGUCCCUCUAACUUCCUUUGGUCUUCAGUAGCACAGAAGGAAGCUCUGGUGAAGGGUGCCCAGGGUGGAUUACUAACCUUCUGGAGUUCUUUGAGAGUGUCAACCGGCAUGUAGAUAAAGGCGACUUGGUAGACAUGGUAUAUUUGGACUCCCCAAAAGCUUUUGACAAAGUUCCCCAUCAAAGGCUCUUGAGCAAACUUAGCAGUCAUGGAAUAAGGGGACUGGGACAGGUUCAUUUGUGGAUUGGUAACUGGUUGAAGGACAGGAAACAGAGGGUAGGAAUAAAUGGGCAGUUGGAGGGAAGUAAGAAGUGUGGUUCCCCCAAGGAUCUGUCCUGGGAAUAGUGCUCUUGCUCAUAAAUGAUCUAUAUGUUUAGGCAAGCAAUGAAGUGGUCACAAUUACAAAUGACACUAAACUAUUUAGUUUACUGAAAUCCAAAACCAAUUGUGAGGCGCUCCAAAAGGAUCUCUCUAAACCGUGGGAGUGGGUGACAAAAAUGGCAAAUGCAGAUCAAUGUAAGCAAGUGUAAAGUGAUGCAUAUUGAAGCAAAAAAACCCAACUUCUCAUAUACAAUGAUGGCAUCUGAGCUGGCAGUGACUGACCAGGAGAGAGAUCUUGGGGUCAUGGAGAACAGCUUGUUGAAAGUGUCGACUCAGUGCAUGGCAGCUGUGAAAAAGGCCAAUUCCAUGCUAGGGAUCAUUAGGCAGGGGACUGAAAAUAAAACUGCUAAUAUUAUUAUGCCCUUAUGCACAACUAUGGUGCAUCCACAUUUAGAGUACUGUAUCUUAAGGAGGACAUUGUAGACCUGGAAAAAGUUGGAGAAGAGGGCAGCCAAAAUUAUCAGAGGCCUGCAGCAUCUUCCUUACAGCAUCUGGGGCUUUUUAGUCUGGAAAAGAGGAACUAAAGCGGGACAUGAUAGAGCUGUAUGAAAUUAUGCAUGAAGUAGAGAAAUGUUUCUCCCUCACUUACAACACUCGAACUGGGGGUCAUCCCAUGAAACUGAUGGCCAGGAAGUUUAGGACUGACAAAAGGAUGUACUUUGUCACACAGUGCAUAAUUAGUCUAUGGGCUUCUCCGCCACAGGAUGUGUUGAUGGCCACUAAUACGGAUGUGCCCAAACCUCAGUUCGAGGGAAAUUAGGGAACUUUAAGAAAAUGGGGAGCAGGGGAUUACCUGUUCUCCACCACUCCUUCCAGCUUAGUUUCCUUUCUAAUUUCCUUCAAAGUGCUCGAGCCAUGCUUUGAACCGUGGUUCAGGAACAUCCCUAGCCAUGUGCUUGGAUGGCUUUAAAGGGGAUUCAGACCAAUUUAUGGAGGACAGGCCUAUCAAUGGCUACUAGUCUGGAGGCUAUAAGCCACCUCCAGCUGGUGAUGUCUGAAAAAGUUGAAGACUACUGGCCUAGCCAAUGCUCUUACCAUGAGUAGAGAUUGUUACUCAUAUGUAAGUUUGAGGACCACUCAUGUAUAAGCUUACUUUAGCACUGUCUAGGUAUAAAAACAGGCAGCUAUGUAUGUAAGCCCAGUUGCCUACUGAUUCUGACCAAGUAAAAAGGUAGGGGGGUGUGUGUGUGUGUGUGUGUGUGUGUGUGUGUGUGUGUGUGUGUGUGUGUGUGUGUGGUAUCCUGCCUCCAUGUCAGUUAUCUCUAUAUGUUUGCUGGGUGCAAACAACAGGGUGUCAGCAGUGGGAUUUGACAUACAACACCAGCAGUAAUUUGGAGAGUGCAGUUACUUUGGGUAUCUUGUCCAUUUGCUUACUGUAUGUUUAUAUUGAACUUCCAUAAUGCCUGAUAGAUAAUAGGCGAUAGUGAUUAAAAAGCAUCCAGAGGUAUAGGAUGUCCUAUUAGGAAACAGAUGCUUCUAAAAUUCCUUCUGGCCCUGUUCCAUGGCCCGAAGGAAUCCAUGCUGAAGUCCUACCGCACUCCAGUGGGAAAUCAAGGCCCAUUUACUUCAGUGGGAUUUAAACACAGUCUCUGGCUUAGAGCCAAAUUUGUAUUUGUGAUAAGAGACUACGAAUUAAUUCUGCUCCUUGUUUCCAGAAGGAAUUGCCAUUUCAAAGGAGCCCUUUUGUUUUUUAGCAGUGUGGGAUUAAAAAUGUACACACUCCUUUUCACAAAGCCAGGAGAGGUUUGGGUUUUUUUGUUGUUUUUUUAAUGAAGUUUGUUUCAGAUACAAGAGACAUUCUUACUAUGCCAAAGACUGUGCUUCGUGAAACUUGCUUGAUUUUAAUUCCUGUUGAAUAUUUCUGAUGUGCAUAAAGCAACCAUGAGCCCCCGGGAUUCUCGGUUCUGAAGAGCAAGCAUGGUUGGGGGCGGCAGCUGCAUUCAUGCUCACUGAAGAGGACAGUUGCAAGGAGCAUGGAAUGUACACUGCCAGCCGGAGUGUUUUGACUAAAAACGGUGCAAGGCAGGCAUGGUAGAAGCACUAACCAUUGGAACCAGAGCAAUAAUCAGUACCAAGGACUUUUGACCGCAGGCACUGUGGCCAUCUCUGCCGUUUUUGUUCGUAGAGUUUACGACAGCGCGCUUACUGUACUGCUAUGUCUAUAAGUUGUUCUGCAAAAGUUUAUAGAAAUUAUAUUUAUUGAAUAAAACUCUUGACUUCUAA